ACAGGACACACGCUGCCUGAGGAGAGAGACCGAGGGCUGGAGCUGAAGACAGUCUGUGAUACAUCAACCGAACUGGCAGGUUGACCAGAACCAGAGCAAUUUUGGAGCCCAGCGUGGAGCUCAAGGAUUGGACCCUUUGUUCCCGUACCCCCGGAGACCAGAUGAGGAGAGGCACACUAACGGACACCGGGAUCACGACCUGUAAUACGAGUAUUGAACCCCAGCAUGGCAGAACGCAGGACCUUCUAUCGUUUCUUUUGCUGCUGCUGUCAUGAGGAGGCACCAGAGAAGAGCCCACUGAUCAGUGAGACACUCUUGUACUUUGACCGGGAGGUGAAGCGUCGGAGAGCAGAAGAGGCAAACUUGUGGAAUGAGCCCCAAGAUGUGUCUCACACUGAAAGAGACGAUGAUCGUGAACUAUACAACUUACUUCAGAAAAGAGCAAGGACACGGAGGGGAUCAGAGGGCUACCGCCGGCUUAGUUUUGAUAUCAGUGCCCACAGACAGAUACGUAAAGAUGUGAAGGAUCGUUGGAGGGUGCUUUUGGACAAUCUAGGUUUUCGUAAUGAAGCAGACUCUUUGCUCAAUGUGCAUUCUAAUACCUCCUACAAUAGUAUGCGGAACCCCACAGAGGCUCGUCAUCUGCUCAACCUGUUAGCCGAGGAGACCAGCAUAUUUGAGCAGCCCAACCUUCCACCCCCUGAGAGGUACCUGUUUGUUCUGGACCGGCUCAUUGUUCUUGACAUGGGAACAGAAUUUGUAUCGAUUGCCAGACGAUUUUAUCCCCCUGAGACUCUGGAAAGCAGCGAAAAGGAGAGUGUGGAGCCUGGCACUGCUGUCCUGGUAAGCCCAGGCUCGCAGGAGGUGGGAAAUGGUGGAGACAAGGAGGAAGAAGAGUGCGUGGAAUUGGACGAAGAAAGCUUCCUGGUCAACCUCACCGAGUGAUCUUUGGAGCCACUAUCAGCCUUCCUAUGUUACCUAUUGUCUGCAUCUUUAUGUUUUCUCUAUGCAUCUUAAGAACAAUAGUUUGUUCCCUAUAAUUGCCAGAUUGUGAGCAGAGUUGAGAGCUGCAUUUACAUGUAUCACUCGUCCCAAUUUAGAUCCAUUAUUUGCUGUCAGCAGAUCGCUGUUUACACAGGACAAGUCGCUGCUCAGAAAGGAUGGUUUAAGGUUUCUGCAUCCAGAAUGUUUUCACCUUGCAUUAUCAUCAUCAUCAAUGCUUUCUAGGGUUUGCUCUUUCAUAGGUUGAAUAGAGGGACAUUUUGAAAGGGCAAUUAUCGGGAAUGUUUCAUGUUUCAACAGUCAUAGCAACCUCCCCAUACCUACAUAUUUUCCGAAAGCAGACACCUGGCAUAUUGUCAAAAUGCCAUUCACCACUUUAUACACAUCGGCACCUCCAUGCAAUUUUGUGUCAAAGUUACAUUUUUCUAAAAUAUUGCAUAAAACUUUACAUAAGUGAUAACUGUAAACCAAUCAGAAAGUUGUAAGCAGAAGACUUCAUAAAAAAUAAAAGUUCAACGUGUGCAGAGUUCAUACACACCAUUUAGAGGCUACUUUCACACUGGCGGCACCAGGGUCCGGCAGUGGCUCCGGCACCAUUCACUAUAAUGGGGGCAGGCUAGAGGUCCGGCCGCAGCAUGGCAAACAUGCCGAGAGGCAGACGGACAAAAACUACAAUAUGCUGCGUUAUUUUUCCGGCCACCUCUCAGCUUGUUUGCUGUACUGUGGCAGGACCUCUGGCCUGCCCCCAUUAUAGUGAAUGGGGCCAGAGCGGACUUCCAGUAGUACGGUGGGCUGGCAUUAGCAUAGAUCCGGCAGACUGUUUCCCCACCAACCAGUGUGAAAGUAGCCUUAGGCAGGCUUAGACUUAACAUCUUCCCAACCGGCAAACCAUGCUGUUUCCCAGUUAAGUGGGCCUCUAAUUUUGGUGCCGAGGCCUACCCCCUGUCAUCUAAUAACCUACAUGUCGACACCCGGGCUGCAUGUCACUCCACGGGCGGACAGGCCAUAGACCCUGAAGAGAAUUUUUCCCAGUGGGCCAAUGCCCACAGGUCCACCCAAGUCCUCCUCACUGCCACUGGCUGGGUACAUAGUUCUGGGGGGCACUUUGGGGGUCAUUAUUAGAGGAAUUCCAAGCAGAAUGCUAAAGGUAGGGCUGGCCUGGUGCUGUGGCCCACAUGUCACGCCCCCUGCUCCAUAUCCAUGUUAGAAAUAAUUGAAGGAGGAGGAGGACAGAACAUAUCCGCUAUUGAUGGCCACCACAGAGGGACAGGGGAUUUCUGGGGGAGUUAUUUUAUGAUGGAUUGUGGUAUUUUGUUCUUUGGCAUGGUAUUCUGUGCUGCACUAUGGUAAUGCUGGCCUUGCUAACUUGUAUUGGUCCUAUCUACUUGUGUUGCCCCGCCUUCAAUUAAUUUGGACCUACCUACAACAUUGGGGCCACUUCUAGGUUUUUUCCAGGGCUACUUUAAGUUCCUAGUCGGCCUAUGCAUCA